AUGAGGAAAGCAACAAUGAAAUAUAAUAAUAUCACCUUGUUUAAUGAGGCUACAUUCAAAGGCCUUACAAAGCUAGAGAAUUUAUAUCUAUAUUAUAACAAAAUCUCAGUAACUGUAACAGGAAAAUUCAGAAAUCUUAACAAUUUAAAGUCCCUAAUUUUGAGGAACAACCAAAUCAGGAAUAUUGCAGAUGGUUCUUUCUUAUUUCUCCCCAAUAUAAUUGAAAUUGACUUGAGAGACAAUAAAGACAUGAUCUGUGGAUGUCAUUUGCCAGCUGUAGUUGAUUAUAUAAAAAAAACAUAUAACAGACGUGUGAUUGUCAGGAGCCACUGCAAUAUGGGACUUGGCAAAAACCAAUCAAAUUUCAUACAUCCAUCAAGAUAUCCAUCAUGCCAAGAUUACUCACUUUUUCAAAAAAGAUUGCAGUGUCAGACAUGUUCAGGGUUCAAGUGCUAUAAUCCAGAAGUGACUAAUUGUCAUGAUGCAGAGCCUUUUUGCAUGAGCAGAAUAUCAAUGACUGGUGAUUCAAUCAAGUUUGAAAAAUCAUGCAGCACUUACAGAAAAUGUAUUGAAGCUGAGAAAAACAAUAUAUUUACCUGCAAACCCUUGACCAACAGCUCUUCUUGUGUUACUUGUUGUACCGGAGAUUUAUGUAACAAGAAUGAUUUAUUUGGUUUCUCAAGGUCCUUUCAUUUUCAUUUGGAUUACACAAUAAAUUCGACAACUUAUAACUGGAGCAGGAAUCCCAUUGAGUUUAAAAACACAUUUGGAAUUAGACUUACUGCUGACAUGCAAAUGGAAUUGGAAUCAAAACUUGCAGGUUCAAUCAAAGUUGAGUAUUGUGGAUUAUACCAAAAUCAAGUAAUGUUUAAUAUUUACUGCACAGUGCUCAAAAACAUUUCUGAAUACGACCAUCGUAGAAAUAUAAGCACUAUUCUGGCUCAAUCAAAGAAAUUUGACAUGCUAAUUAGAACUCAAAUAGCUAGCGGAGGUCUUCGCGAGCACGAUUUCUGCUGUGAAAGUACUACAUCAACUAACAAAGAAACAUUGUAUUGGCAAGUAACUAAAACAGGAACAACUGUGAGGAUUCCAUGUCAUGGAAAUGUGGCAACAAGACAAUGCUUCUCUUCAUCAACUAAAUGUUCGUACCAUUCAAGCUGUCCAGUACGCAAUUCUUUCUGGGGAGAACCAAACAUCUCUGAAUGCAAUGAUACUGACUGGAUUACUCGAAAGCUGAGGGACAUAGAACAAUAUGAUAUUGAAAAGCAAAAUAUCGAGGAUUUAUCCAAACAACUUUUGAAUAUUACUCAAAAGUCACUGUAUUUCAAAGUAAAAGACAUUAACUUGGCUGCAAGCAUUUAUGAGAAUAUAGCAUCACAGGUAUCGAAUGUAUCUACCAAUACAACAACAAACUAUAUACUUCCUAGUAUCAGCAAUAUGAUAGACACACCAGAGAAGAUUUUGGUUGAGGCAGAACAAUCUAACGGAAAUGUUAAAAGAAUACUGGAUAUUGUAGAAACAAUCUCAGAAAACAUUCAACUGAAAGAAGAGCAACUCAGUGUUUCAUAUCCAAACUUUGGCAUUGGUGUUACCGAAAUGGAAAAUACUAAUUUCAAUGGUAGUUUCUAUGGUAUUUUACCAGAUGCUAAUGGGAAAGAGGCAAGGAAUAUGGUAUACAACUCUUCAUAUCCAGAUUCCCAAAAAGAAAAUAUAACCAUGAUGGACUUUAUUUCAUUACCAAAGAGUUUGUUCAAACAUGUGAGAAUGGAAAACCUGUCAAACAUUUCAAAGGUUCUCUUUUACUCCAUGCACAAUGACAAGCUAUUUAGGGUAAUAGAAAAAUUUGACAGCAAAACAAAUAGUAAAAUUAACAGUUAUAUUAUUGCUGCAAAUAUUCCUAAUAUUCAAAUGACCAACCUUGUUGACCCAGUUACCAUAUCCUUCAGUUUAUUAGACAAGAAUGCCACCAACUUACAGUGUGCUUUCUGGGAUGAGACACCUGGACAGACUCCUCAUUGGUCAACAAAAGGCUGUGAUACUUCUGGCUAUAUACCAGGAGAGAAAGUACUUUGCUCUUGUAACCAUCUUACAAGUUUCGCACUACUAAUGGAUGUUUACCAGAAUGAAGAAACUGUAAAAAGUGUUAAACAUUUAUCUGUUAUAUCAAACAUUGGCUGUGGAAUUUCAUUUGUUUUCCUCGUCCUAACAGUUAUAGUCCAUGUUUGUUUCAAAAAUCUCUGGAAAUUAAUUGCUUCAAAGAUUCUAGUAAAUUUAUGCAGCAGUUUAGCUGUGACUAAUCUCAUCUUUCUCGUUGGGAUGCAGUCUUAUGCUUCCAAAGUAAUAGCUGUUUGUAAGACAAUAGCUGCUUUGUUACACUACUUCCUUAUGGCGACUAUGAUGUGGAUGACUGUAGAAGCAAUUCAUAUUUGCCUAUCUGUGAUUGUUCUGUCCACAAAUUAUCAGAAAUCUUUUAUGAUGAGGAGUUCUAUUUUGGCUUGGGGUCUUCCAGCAAUCAUUGUCAUAAUUACUCUUGCAGUCAAUUAUACUAACAACUACAUUAGAAUUGGAGAAAUCUGUUGGUUGUCCAAGAUACCUUUCUACACUGCUCUCUUGUCUCCCGUUGUGAUCAUUCUCAUCAUCAACCUUACCAUAUUUUCUCUUGUUAUCUGGCGCAUUGUCUCAAUGCAAAGGAAGAAGAAACUUGAACACAAAAUAAGAAAAGUACGGGUUUGGGGCAUUGUUGGUCUCUUUUUUCUGUUGGGUCUCACAUGGUUCUUAGCAUUCUUUACUUUUGGUGAAGUGGCUGAAGUGUUUAAAUACCUCUUUGUCAUCUUCAGUACACUUCAAGGAUUGUUUAUCUUCAUAUUCUACUGCCUAUACAAAAAAGAUACCAGAAAUAUCAUCUGUAUGUGUGUAAGGAGACAAAAGGAAAAGAUUCUGCAGGAAGAUACCAAGAACAAACCUAGUUCAAGUUCUGUUAAUGAAACAAAAGGUACAUCUGAAAUGACCUUAUCCACCAAAAUUGACCAGUAAUUAUCUUUAAUCAUAUUUUUAUUCACAUAACUAAAUUUUCUUUUUAUGUACUUCCAUAUAGAGAUCUUUAUUACUAAAUAUAUGUUAUGCAACUGUGACUAUCAUCUACAAUAAACUUAAGCAAGUUUCUGUGCCCUACUGAUUGUUUAAAACACAGAAAGCAUGAACAUUUUAUUUGAUCUGAAACUUUCAUAUUUUCUAACUGCCAUUUUCCCUAUAAACUCAUAUGAUUGAAAAUUUCUGAAUAAAAAAUUAAAUCCUC